AUGGAAAGUCCAGAACAAAGAGGAGAAGGAACUGGACAAGGGGCCUUGAGUUCAGAAAGGUCAAUGAUACAUUCAAAAUUUGACUUGUUGGAUAGACCCUGGUGGAAGCCCUCUUUUGAUGAACGGGAUGCUAAAUAUUUAAUCUUAAAUGCCAAGCGCCUCCAACAUGCCAUAUCAUUAGCAGUUAACGAAAAUGAAAAUAACGCGCUCUUUUGGAAGGGAUAUAUCGACCUUCAUCGUGAACAUUAUCAGCUCGAAUUAGAUCGGUUUACACCUUCGUUUGCACAACAGUUGCACCGACAAAUUGGAAACGGGUUGAUUUGUAAUGCGGGUCAGUAUAGAACGCGAUAUGUUAUGGCAGCACAAGAUAACUUUGUAUAUAUAGCACAUGAUUUGAUCGAGAACAAAAUGAACGAGUUAUUCCGUCAAUGUAGAGAGAAAUUUGAAAGGACAGACUUGCAGUUAGAGGAAGCUAUUAAAUACGAAGCAUGUUUUCUUGCCUACUUCUUGCUGAUUCACCCUUUUAUAAAUGGAAACGGAAGAGUAACGAGAUUGCUUUUAAGUUAUCUCUUAUCAAGGUUUACUGUGGUACCUCUUUCUUUAUAUACAGGAGCUAAAACACGAGAUAUGUAUUUACAAUGUCUCCGUGAAGCACAGUGGUAUCAAGAAUCAUUCAAACCCAGCGCACUUGCAACCUUUAUACUUGAAUGUGUAUACACGACAUCUUAUAACAUAUGUGUAGUGAUGGAUGUAAAUAUUCAAAAUUAA